CUCGUGAAAGAGUGUGAUCAGAGAGGAGCAGUGUUGAUCGGGCUCUGUUAUUCUGAUAUUAAUCACUUAACAUGGAUUGCUCUGAAGAGGUGCAGUCCGUUUCGGAUGAAACUGGCACUCCGGUGGAGUUAAAGAAGGGAAUGUCGAUAUUUUUAGAUAUCUUGAGAAGAGCAGAUAAAAAUGAUGAUGGGAAGCUGUCUUUUGAAGAGUUUAAGGCUUAUUUCUCAGACGGAGUUCUGUCAGGAGAAGAAUUGAAGGAGCUCUUCCAUAAGAUUGAUACUCAUAAUACAGACAAUGUGGACACAGAAGAGCUGUGCGCAUACUUCUCUCAGCAUCUUGGAGAAUAUGAAAAUGUCCUUGCUGCCUUAGAAGACUUGAACGUCUCUAUAUUGAAGGCUAUGGACAAAACCAAAAAGGAUUACCAGGAGGCCACACACCUGCAGCAGUUUGUGACUCGGUUUCUGCUGAAGGAGACAACGAGCCAGCUGCAGUCUCUUCAGAGCUCGCUGGAGUGUGCCAUGGAGACCACAGCUGAGCAGACACGGCAGGAAAGGCAGGCACCCAUGAAGCCUGAGGUGCUGUCGAUUCAAUGGUCAGGAAGGCGAUCCAAUCGAAGACUCCAACGGAAUAACAGCUUGUCUCCAAACAAUCCACUUCUUAGCCUCGUCAAUUCAGGUAUGUAUGAGGAGGACAGUCAAUGGAUGACCCAGAUAAACAGACUGCAGAAGCUGAUCGAUCGCCUUGAGAAGAAGGAGCUGCGUCUGGAGCCGGUAGAAGAAGAGGUCUCAGAAGGCUCCACGAAAUCGCACAUUCUGAUAGUGCAGAGGCAGUUGUCUGUGAUGGAGGACGAGCUGGAGGAGUUCCGUUUGGCUCUGCGGCAGUACGUUGAUUGUGCCAGUGUCCAGACAGGCAGCCUCCAUGUUGCAGUUCAGCGGAUUGCUAAUGAGUCUCGCUUCAUAGUCUAUGAGUUCUGGGAGCACACUAGUUUGUGGAAGAAUCAUCUGCAGACAAACUACAGCAAAACCUUCCAGAGGGCCAACGUGGAUUUCUUGGAGACGCCAGAGAUUACGACAACUAUGCUGGUACCAGCAUCGUGGUGGGUCCUGAACAACAAUUAGAACCGCAAUAAUGAACAACGAUCAGAAGGCAACCGAGUUUGUCAUUAUUAUGUCUCUGUCCUCUGAUGGAGCAGUGUUGUGUUAACACUUCCUGUGAAGUUGUGGUGAAAAUCAUCGGAUAUUCAUGCUCCCUCAUCUUUAGCUCUUUAAAAUAUGUACCUUCCUUAAUAUCUAAGGCAAUGGCCUAGUCACCAAUAUCGAUGGUACUCUAUCCACGAUUUUUACAUGUGGAAUACGUUUGUGUGAAAUGUUUGUUUGAUUCGUGACUUACUGCAGUGGCGUAGUCGAGAAGUAAUUUAAGAGGGCAAUGAGGAAAUAUGCUAAAUAAAGUCACUGCAGGUUCUGUACAAUUAAAUUGAUAAGUAUGAUGUGCUCGUGAGUAAUGGGUGGAUGUCGGCGCUAUUCUGAACUUGUCAUUUAAUUAUUUAAGGCACGAUCGGCCAUCGACCGAUCUUGCCGUGUUGAUGAUGCUAAUAGGCAUAGGAAAUAAAAUACCUUUAUGACAGUUCCACUGAAAAUAAUUCAACUGACAUGCUAACAUUUUAACAUUUUAAAUAAGAUAACAAACAUCUUUCCUCAUAAAACCAGACCUACCCUUCUUUUUCUCCACCUGCAGCACACCUUCAAUACUUCAUCGUUUGCCACCUUGAUAGCUUUCAAAGAUAAAUUGGAAAAACGCAUUAUCCCGAUUGGUUAAUCCUGUUUCUUAUUGCUUCUCAUCAUAGCAGUUGGUAGCCAAUGAAAUGUGAUUAAACUAAUUAAGGCUAAUCUGAAAUGAAGUUAAAUAAGGGCUUGUACGAGUUUGUUGACCUUUUCUAAAGAUCAUUACAGCUCAAUCACUGCGUAAAAUCCGGCCAUGGUGCCUGGGUGGGAGGAAUGACAUUACUCUCCCCUGUCAGUCAGAGUGACACCAGGCAAUCGUGGCCAUGAGCUCAUGCACGUGGAAGACAGCAGUUAUUGUUCUUCUCAGUGAAUGUGCAUGCAGUGCCGUUGUGACGUAACAUGAGGAGCAGCUAAUAAAGAUGUGGUGGCUUCAUGUGUCUCAGAGGAAGCAUGUGUUAGCCUUCAUCUCUCUGGAUGGUAGCUGUUGUGUGAUAGACGAGGGCUAGCUAGAGUUAACUAGGAAAUUGGAGAAUGAACAAAUUGGAGAAAAAUGGGGUUAAAAAAGUACAAAAACCGAAGGCACAUAACAAUUUUAAUUUAAAUGACCUUAUUUUAAGUAAUAAUAAAAAAAAAAUCUGAAUAUCUAGCCAAGGAAUGCAUAUAAGUGAAACAAGGUAUAUUUGUUAUUAAACGUUUAUGACGUUUACGUGAAUUUAGAAAUGCUAGAAAUGACAAUUUUAUUGGAACAUUGUAGAUCUAUUCUAACCGAAAAGACCCAGAUCUUUAUAACUCUAAGUAGGCACAAGUCGCACAUCACAUAUUUAUGUUUUACAGUAUAUGAGCCUAUUAUCUAUACGCUUCCUUUAUUAAAGCACUCAUUAACAGUCCCAAUAGGAUCUUAGAGCAAGCAGUUAAUACGUUCUAUAAAGAGUUAACUUUCCUUGUUUAAUUGCUAUUCUGUAUCAUUUUGUUUCAUGCGUGCAAUAAAAGUGAUUAAACAGAAAUAUAACUCCAGGGUUCAAAAACUUGCAGUGUAUCUCAGACAGAGUAUGUCUGUCAGUGUACUAAUAAAGUAAUCUGAGUAAAAUGAUCACAGUGCUGGUGUUCACUGAUCAGCACCUCAUUAAUCUGUGAGUCAGUGCUACAGUGAGUGUGAUCUUCGACGUCCUGUGUGGUUGUAGCUAGGCUGUGUACGUGUCAGCACUAUUACAUAAGUGCUUCCUUAUGUAGCAGUACUUGUGACUUGAUCAACCCUGAUGACCACAAGUUCUUCCCUCUGCAGAUUCUGUAUAAAAAUUCACCACAGUCGCUGUAUUUUCUGUAGUUUGUCCAUUGUGAAUAAAGAUAAGGCUA